UCCAUCAUAAGGUAGCUUGGGUGUCCUAGCUUCCUUGAAUGCAACACGCACAACUGACCUGCGUGACGUUGACCCGAUUGAGUGUUGGAGGAGGAGAGCAGCUUGAGGAAAGACAUCCACGUCGCGUCCACUUUCGCCGUCUUUCUCCACUUUUCUCUUUUCGUGGCCUUAUUCAGAAACAUGGAGUCUCAAAUCAAUCAGAAUAUCAUCAAUUUCGGAGCCGGGCCCGCUAAACUCCCCCCACCGGUUCUGCUUCAAGCCCAGCAGGAGCUCCUCAGCUAUAGUGGCUUUGGGAUCAGCGUUCUGGAAAUGAGCCACCGAUCGCCAGAAUUCACUCAGAUCAUAAACAAGGCAGAGCAUCUCCUACGAGAGUUGCUAAACAUCCCCGACAACUACAAGGUGAUGUUCCUGCAGGGCGGCGCGUCGGGCCAGUUCAGCGGCAUCGCCCUCAAUCUGAUGGGCCUGAAGGAGGACAACUGCGCAGACUACAUCGUGACGGGCACAUGGUCGGCGAAGGCUGCCAAAGAGGCCGAGAAAUAUGGCAAAGUCAACAUAGUUCACCCGAAGAUGGAUAGUUACACGAAAAUCCCCGAGCCGAGCAGCUGGAACCUCAACCCGGCGGCCUCCUACGUGUACUACUGCUGCAACGAGACCGUGCACGGCGUGGAGUACAACUUCAUGCCCGAGACCAACGGGGUGACCCUCGUCAGCGACAUGUCCUCCAACUUCCUGUCGCGGCCCGUGGACGUUUCCAAGUUUGGUCUGAUUUACGCGGGCGCUCAGAAGAACGUGGGCUGCGCCGGGGUGACCGUGGUCAUCGUGCGCGACGACUUGAUAGGCCACGCCCAAAAAGAGUGUCCCAUCAUCCUGGACUACAAAGUGCAGGCCGAGAUGAACUCGCUGUACAACACGCCGCCCUGUUUCAGCAUCUACAUCAUGUGCCUGGUUCUCGAGUGGAUCAAGAAAAGCGGCGGCGCAGCCGCCAUGGAGGCGCUCAACAAGCGCAAGUCGGACUUGGUUUAUGACGUCAUCGACUCUUCCAACGGCUUCUACGUGUGUCCGGUAGACGAGGCUUGUCGUAGCCGCAUGAAUAUACCUUUCCGCGUAGGGAAGAAAGAGGGGGAUGAUGCCUUGGAAAAGGAGUUUCUCAAUGGGGCGUCCAAACGUGGAAUGAUCUCACUCAAGGGACACAGGUCGGUCGGGGGUAUUCGUGCCUCUCUGUAUAAUGCUGUAACCCUCCAGGACACCGAAGCUCUGGCCAAGUACAUGAAGGAAUUCCUAAAAGAACACCAGUGAGCCGAGCUCGGAUAACUUUCCACUUAAAAAAAAAAAAAAAAAAA